UUAAAUAUAGUUAAAUAAAAUAACUAAUUAUACAGUUUAACUAUAAUUUGCGAGAAAAUUUUUUGGAGCCUAGUUAAUCCAUAGCGGGACAAUAAUUACUAAAUACAAACGAAAGUGCUACAGUACUUUACAUCCAAAACUUUAUGCAUCUAAACAAGACCUCAGUAGAGUUUUUACGGGUCAAUCUCGGCGUCAGUAAUCUUUUGCUGGUGAGAAUCUUGGGAUGCCAUUGACCAGUGGACCUCCCAACGAUCCGAAUUUCAGACAGGGUCACCAACAUCAUUAGAAAACAAUUCAGAGAAUCGAGUUGGGGGGUUUUCUAGAGGAAAUAUAACAGGGAGCAUGAUGGAUUCCUGAACCCUGAUUAGCUCACCUAAGCUAAUCAUCCGCAUCAGCAUCCGCAAUCCAAUCCAUGACUCGCUCCCAAUCCAGACCUCUACUUCAUUUUUAAUUCUUAUAUGAUGCUCUCCCUCUCUCUCUCUCUGUCCUUAAAGACAAUCUUUGCUUGGCUUUUGCACAAGCAAACAGCACAAACACGCUCACCCCUCUGAGGUCUCACUCAGCACCACCACCUCCCCCAUGUGAUGCGAAGCCGUCCCCUCCCUGUCUCCUACCUCCAGCUUCUCUCUCCUCCCUCCUCCUCUCUCUUCGACGCAGAGCCCUCCUCACCUUAUCACCAAUUCACCAUACAAGUCAGUAGUCACUGCUGCAUUUGUUUCGGUGCACUUUGUCUCCUCUCUGUGCUUGCUGCUCCUUUUUGCUCUGCCGCUCUGGUUUGCUCGGUCAUCUUCUUCUUCCUCCCUGGAGCUCCCCUCACCCUGGCUUGGUUUGGGUCAACUGCCUCUUCCCCUGCUCAGCUCUUUUAUUGCCCCCACUGUUGCAGCUGUUCUUGGCAGGUUUCUCUGUUCCCACCGGUAGUUGUUGCCGCUGUUCCAGUUUCUAACCGUUCUUGGUUUCUGUCUGUCAGAACCAAGGUGGAGAAAUCCUGACAGAACUAGUGAACUUUGUAGAUUCAGCAGCUCACCUGCUCUGUGUCAAUCUCAGAGUAAACUCACUCUGAGAUUUUGAGCAGCAGGAGAAGAAGAAUCUGACUGACCUGGUUUCUCUUACCAAAAUAAGCAAGCUUUUUGAGGCUGCAUCCAGCUCUUCUUUCUUUCUCUUGCUCCUCUGUUCUUUGAUUCUUUCCUUUCUCCCUACAAUGGUGGAUCCCAACUGGUAGCUUGCUUCGAAGAAGAAGAAGAAGAAGAAGGGAAAAGAUGCGACCUUUGAGUAGAAUAGGCGUCGGGCUCGCGGUGGUGUCCGCGCUGCUCCUUCUAGCGCUCACCGCCGAGCUCUACUACAUCUUCGUGCACAAGCGCCGGCUGCAGCGGCGCGCCGCCGCCAUCUCUGACGCGGCCUCUUCCCCGUCCUCGUCCUCCCGCGAGCUGCUCCAGCUCUUCUGCUUCAAGAAGCCCCCGGCCCUCGCGUCCACCUACGCGGUCCAGGAGCCGGCCGCCGUGGCCGUGGCCGUCGGCGGCGGCGAUGGCGAGGAGGACGACGACGAGACGGUGGAGGCGCAGCUGAUGCGGCUGGGCAGCGUCGUCGGCCCCACGCGGCUGCUGUUCACCAUCAAGGAGGAGACCCGGGAGGACCUCGAGUCCGAGGACGGCCGCAGCAGGAGCCGUAGCCGGAGCCUCGGCGAGCUGCUGCAUUGCUCCUCUGAGACGCCGCCGUUCCUCACGCCGGGGGCCUCGCCAGCGAUGGACAACUCCUACAAUCCGCUCUUCGAGUCCCCGGCGGCGAGCCCGGGCCCGGCCCCCACAGUGUCACCACCGCCCAAGUUCCAGUUCCUCAAGGACGCCGAGGAGAAGCUGUACCGCCGGGCGCUGGCAGAGGAGGCGAUGAGGGCGCGGAGGUCGCCGCCGCCGCCGCCGCCGCAGACGACGUCGCCGGUGGCCGGCGAGGAAGAAGGCGGGUACAUUACCAUCGUUGUGGGGAAGAACAACCGGGUCAUCCCCCUGCCUUCGCCGCCCACAGCCGGAGCCGGCAGUGGCCAUCAGCGAGCGAGUUGUCCACAUAAAUCAGAGGUUUUGAUGGAUUAAUAACUUGCUCGGUACUGCUACCUGCUGUGCUUUCCUAGUGUAGCUCUUGUGAUGUAAACUUUCUUCUUCUUCUUUUUUGUUUGGUCUAUGGUCUUGUGAUCAUGCCAAAUUUGAUGUAUAUAACAUCAAAGUGAUGAGGAAUUGAUAAUUUCUGAUAAAUAUGCUUUUUCCUCUUAUUCUCUGUUAAUUUGUGACUUUGUGAGGUGUUAGUUUUUGUAGAAAUGUUUAGCUUGGUGCGGUGCUUCAGUGUAGCCUUUUUGGUAUGUUUUUUUCUUGGUGUUUGAUUGUACUCAUAAUCAUUGUGGAAUAAUGGAAGGAUGGAAACAGCUAUGGACA